AUGGCUUCUUCUUCUUCGACCCUUAAACCUCUCCCUAUUCGUCCCUGCUCCAACUCCACGCUUUCCUCAAAAUCCCCCAAACCCUCAACGAUUCACUUCCCUUCAAAUAUCUCAACACUCCCAUCUCUUAAAUCAAAGCCUUCUUUUAAGGGUUUUGCUUCCCCAGAGCUGCUUGACACUUUAGAAGCCCUAGAAAGUUUCACUGAGUCCUUAGACAGAGACAGUUUGGAAGCUAUUAAGGUUGCUGGUGGAUCUGAAAUUCAUGGUACACCUAAAAUUUCCAUUGAGGAUGAUAAGAUGAAACUGACACCGAAGAUUAGAAUCAAGCUAAGGUCUUAUUAUGUGCCCCCAAUAGAGGAAUCGUGCAAGCUGAUCAUGGAUGCAGCAAGAACAUCAAACACGAAGACCAUUGGUCCUGUAUAUCUACCCACCAAGAAGCGGAUUUAUUGUGUUCUCAAAUCCCCUCAUGGUCACAAAGACGCAAGAUUCCAUUUCGAAAUCAGGACUCACCAGCGUCUCAUCGAUAUUCUCUACCCAACUGAACAAACACUAGAUUCAUUGAUGAGACUCGAGUUUCCUUUUGCAGUUGAUGUUGAUGUCAAGUUGUGAUCAGAGACUGCUGCAACUUGGAAGCAAAACACCAAUUCACUACAGAAACUUGCUAGGGAUGGCUUCUUUUUAAGUUCUCGCGUUUUUGUCAACUGUACAACUCUAACACAUGGUACGUGUUUAGUGAUAUUAGUGAGGUUAUAGUUGAGAUAACCUGUAAGAUUACCGAGGACUGAACCACUGAUAAAGAUUAAGGGCAAAGAUCCAGACAGGGUUAGAGCUUGAGAAGCAAACCAAUCUAAUAGUUGGUGAAAUUGGUGUGUAAUUGGUGGACCAUCCAAGAGCUGCGAAGCCCAUACUUGUGUAGAAUAAUGAAGAUUGAUACCGUUCUUUAGAGUGUCAUCUGAAAGGAUCGAGUUCUGGGAGGAGAAUCUACAGAUGACAGAGAUACUGGAAUCCAAGACCCAGCAGCUUUUUGAGCGGUUUGACAGUGUGGAAAAGGGUUUCAUGGGAGUCAGAAAUUUGAGGCUGAGUUGUUGGAGCAACGUCAGAUUUCCUGUGCUGCAAGAUCAAAGGUGAAAGCAGUUGAGGGUGAGCUGAAGAAAUCAGAUGCGCAGCUGAUUGGAGCAAAGGAUCUGCAAGAGAAACACUAAACUGUUGACAAUUGGCUUGAUACACAAACAAAGGUUUAUGCCAAUUGAUAUCUAUAAAUUGGUUAUGUUCAUCUCUAGCAUUCCAGGGGACUGACUGAAUGAAUCUAUUACAUAACAUCUGGACACCCUCAGUCUGUUUCUAAACCUUUGGCUGUUUCAUUUUUGGGGUUAUUCUCAAAAUUCCUAACCUGUAUUAAUCAAAGGGUUGUUUCACUUCAAGCUUGAAACAUACUUUAUAUAGAAUUAGAUUAAAUUGCUACAA